AUGCCAAAGAAGAUCAUGAAGGCUGUGAAGAACAAGCCCCAGGUUUGGCCAGCUCCAAAGAAAGGAAAAGCCCGCACCUUUGUGAAGUCCAAUGCUCCCAUGAAGAAAUGCAAGCCUGUCCCGUAUGUCCGGCAUCCAGGUGUGCAGACCAAGUUUCGAAAGGAAAGGGUUCACUUCGGUGUGUCAGUUCAAGGCCUCAUCUCUAUGCGUCCUCGGGCUUUGUUCCGUUGUUUGCAGAAAAAUGGCAUUCUCCUCGACUGGAGAGGCCAGACCUGUCCCCAUUGUGGCGCUGGGAGUCUCCAACCUCUGCGCUUCUUCAAAGACAGAAAGGUUUGGGCGCACAAGUGCACAGCCAAGCUUUGCAGAAAAUAUGUUCAGCCACAUGACUUCCAUCCCAUUUUCCAUCAUGGACGUGGGGCCAGCUACACUCCCUUGGGGCAUCAAGCAGCUGUUCUAUGCUGUGCGCUUGCGGGCGUACCAGCAACCUCAGCUCCCGUCAUCUUGGGCAUGAAUCACAAGCCCGUCUCGCGCAUCUACAACAACCUUGAGAUUGCUCGCAGCCGUCAUGUCCUCCAGAAACAGAAGGAAAUCCACUUCGGAGCCAGACACAAAUGGUGUGAUGUUGAGGCGGAUGAAGUUGAUAUCGGCAAGGAAGUUGACUUACAGCACAAAAGGGCCAAGUGGGAGCAGUGGGGUGGCAUUGUCGAGCGGGGCCAGCCUAGCACCUUGGUUCUCUUCCGCCUCCCUCCAAAGACUACCGCUGUGCGCUCGCCAGGUCCAGGCCCAAUCACCAAGCGAGAUUGGAAACCCAUUGCUCAUAAGUUCUUGGAGAAUCGUGAUGUGAUCUUGCAUACUGAUGGUGCCAAGACCUACAAGAUGAAAUUGUCCGGCGUGGUGCAUGACAACGUAGUGCACAAGAAGAAGCAGGUGCUCGUGAAGGGAAAGCCUGUGUGGGUGAAGCCUCAUUACACCAAAGUGUGGAAACACAAGUUGCCAAAUGGCAAAAGCGUAACCGUGAAAGCAGGUACGCAAAUCAUCGACCGCUUCUGGGGCCAUCUGCGCGCAGCUUUGAAACAUGCUCCGCGUAAGGUCGGGUCCAUUGCGCUUGCCCGUAAAGUUCGAGCAGCGCAGUGGACGUACUGGCACCGUUCCCAGAAUUUUUGGGAUGCCACUGGGCAGAUGUUGCAGGAUCUGACUCCUCCACCAUCCGAUCGCACCAAUCGUCUGAUUGGAGGAUAG